AUGAGCUUGGACCAGAACCUCUUCACCUUAAACGUGACUGCUCGCGCCGAUGAACCCACAACUCUCGACCUCAUCGACCCAAAUGGCACGGUGCACUAUACCAAGAGACGGCUACCUGGGACGGAUUACACGAUCGAGAUGCUGGAUCCGCUCUCGGAGAGUGUACUCGCGACGGUAACGGCCCCGAGCGCCACGAACAAGCAUAAGACAUUGCAGUUGUACAACCCUGAUCUAGUUGUUGAGCUCAAGUACACCGGCACAAUCCAUUUCAAGUGGGGGUUCAAAUGGGAAGACCAUGAAUUCGAGUGGAAACGAGAGGAAUGCUAUAUGCUUCGCAAACCCGACCCUGCUGUUCUUGUCGCUAUCACCAAGGAGCCCCCAGGACGAUUGCAGACACGGUCAAUCCAGGUGCUCGAUUACAACCUCAACCGGUUCGACAUCGAAGACCGCAAGGGGCUUGAAAUCGUCAUUCUCACCGCCCUACUUACAUUCCAAGACCUGAACGAGACGUAUCACACACCCUCUACACCCCCUGCAGAGGGCAGCACCAUGUUGGCCGUAGCACCAUCACCCGGCUUAGCUGGCCGCCUUGGACUCAGCAGACAGUCGUCUCAAAUACUCUCCGCCCCACCUCCGCCUGCAGUUCCACCUAAACCCCAGCCUCGCACAGGGAUGAAUCGCGUCGCAGAGAUGCACGCUGUGCGCACGGCGCAAGGCGAGGGUGAUGCGAACGAGAUUGAGGUCGGGGAGGAGUGCUCAGUGGACGAUUACGCCCAGUAUGCGGAGCGCUUGCUGAAUGACGAAGCGAUGCUAUUCGUGACUAUCCGGUCUGCAGCGGCCGCACAAGUCCCGAAAGUGCUGCGGGUCGUGGAGGAGACGAAGCGGCUGCGACAUAAGUCAGGAGUCGCGGAGGACGAAGAGCUAUACCAAUACGUGAUCUAUGAUACCCCACAAGACUCGUCCAAGCGCAAGGGCCCGAGACGCAUCAACCUCAACGACCCAGAUCCGAAGAGCAGAGGCAAAGAACCGGACAAAUACGCACCUCCUACGAGUCUGACGGUUCACUUGAGCAAGAUCGAUAUGCCCGAGCUACAGCCCAAGGUCAGCCCGGGGACUAUACGUCGACCGUCUGGGUCCAUGGUAGCCGCGGCGCCGUCAGCCAUGCCCCAGAAGUCCGAGAAGGAGCGCAAGAAACCCGUAAAGGAGAGCAAGAAGACGGGGAAGAAGGAAAAGAGCAAGUGA